UGUUCAUUCUGAAUAUGCUGUGCUUUUUCUGUCUGAGGGAGAUGAUAAUCUAAAUGGACGGUUGAGGGUGUGGUCUGAUUUGUACUGCACUGUUCGACUCUGUGGAAGUGUAGCAAAAACCUUGUUAGUUCUUAACAUCAACAGAAAUGGCCAUGAUGCUUCCUCUCCAUCGAGUUUAGAGCACUACACCAUUGAAGAGCGAACAAUUUCAAGGUGGAAUCCAGAACAGUGCCGUGAGAAUCAGAAAGUACCCGAAAAUGGAACAAAGUGAGGUAUGGUUCAGAUUCUUCUUUCUGUAUUAUUCUGUGCUACCUUGGCUUGCUUAUAUUAGCUUUGAAAAAACAUUUUGGGAAAAUUUUUAACUUCAUGCUGCCUAUAUAUUUCUUUCCCUUUCUGACUAUAUUCUUUGAUGUUCUAUUUGGUGCUAUGUGGUUGUCUCUUAUUGAGUAAGAAAUAUUUUUUCUUCCUCUUUAUUUGAAUGUAAGUACCAUAGUCUGUUUUUUUAAAUUGCAGUGAACUAGAUCCAGUCUUGCCCUUCCUUUUCUGAAUGCCUGUUCUAUUAGUUU